CGUCAACUACUUCCGGGUACAGCUACUACAGUACGGCUCCUUGACAGCGGCUGUCAACACUUUGAACAACACGUUUCACCGAACUCUUUGCUCCGUUAAAUGAAGUCAAAUGCUCGUCAGUCGCUGUUUUCGACUGUGCUCUUCCUGCAGCCGUGUGGUUCCCGCCAGAAGAGCGGCAUGGAGGACACUCGCAGGACAGCCCGCAGUGGCACACGGUCACGUCGCACAGGUGCAGCGCUGGGGCACAGUGGCCCCGAAACGCCCCUAUCACAGUGAUUCGGGGGACUUGUACGGCACCGAGUCCGUUCAGAGGCACGUGCGGCAGCUGGUGGAGGAGUUCAGGGACGUUAGCAAGAUGUUACAGCUGUCCCACCUCAGCGAGUCGGACAGGAAAGCGCUUCUCAACAAGCACGCGGAGCUGCUGCCCGUGGCGCAUGUGUUUGAGAGCACUGAUCAAGCCCUAAAAGACCUCGAGGAAGUCACCUCACUGCUGCAUGGUUCGGCUGCUACCAAAGAUGAAGAUGAACAACUGACCCAGCUGUUGAAGGAGGAGGAAGAGCAAAUCUCCUGCCGGGUGAAGGCCUUGAGGAAAGAUUUGGUCAAAGCUCUCGUGCCCAUCGAUCCUCUCGACACCAGUAAUAUUCUGCUGGAAGUUGUAUCAGGACGAACAACAGGAGGUGACAUCUGUCAGCAGUUCACCAAAGAAAUGUUUGACAUGUACCAGGGUUUUGCCUUAUACAACAAUUGGGACUUUGAGCUUCUGAACUACACACCCGCUGAGUAUGGGGGUCUGCACCAUGCCGCGGUGAGAAUAGCUGGGGACAAGGUCUACAGACGCCUGAAGCAUGAAGGAGGAAGUCACCGGGUGCAAAGGAUCCCGGAGGUGGGCCUCUCCUCCAGGAUGCAGCGUAUCCACACGGGGACCAUGACUGUGAUCAUCUUGCCUCAGCCAGCGGAGUUUGACAUCGACCUCGAUCCAAAGGAUCUUCGCAUUGACACAUUCAGAUCUCGAGGUGCAGGGGGCCAAAGUGUCAACACAACUGACAGCGCAGUACGCAUUGUUCAUCUUCCCACUGGUACAACGGCGGAAUGUCAGCAGACUCGCUCUCAGCUGCAAAACAGAGACACUGCAAUGCGUGUGCUGAGGGCCAGGCUCUACCAAGGCAUUAUGGGUAAAGAGACAGAGCAGAGACAUACAGCACGGAAGCAGCAGGUGGGCACGCGUUCUCAGUCGGAGAGGAUUCGUACUUACAACUUCAGCCAGGAUCGUGUCACAGACCACAGGACUGGAUAUGUUACUAGAGAUAUUAAGGAGUUCAUGAGAGGAGGGGAGGCUCUCCAUGAUCUGAUCGGUCAUGUACUCGAACAUGCAGAGAGGGAGGCUCUUCUGGAGGUGGUGCGGAGCAAAAGUGGGAAAGCAGCAGCAGAGUCGGGUCAGUUUGUAGACUGACACCACUGAAGAACAUACAGCACGUCAAUCGGUGAAUGCAAUUCUCCAACACGUCUUACUGUGAUGCAAAAUAUACCUAUUUAUAAUAUGUUAAUAAGUCAUGAAUGUGCACUGUCAAAUGAUGCAAAGUAAGCCUAACUGCAGUUCACUCAUACUUUACAGAUUUUUAUUUUCCUAAUAAAAUAUUAAUGAUG